AUGGCGUCAAUACGCUGCGCACAUGCCUCUUCUACAGCAAAGUCCUUCCUGAGGAUUGCUAGUCGCGAGUACUCUUCAGCAGCAACCCGACCGACGCCUGAGUCUGCCCCUCUCGAAUUCCUCAUCCCACGAUGCGCUUCCAAGAGAAUGUCGCCACGAGGGACAACCGCCCAGGGAGCCCCAACACUACGAGGAUGCACUUUCAUGACGCCUAUGGACGUUAGGCACUUCUCUGCGUCCCAUGCUAGGAAGGCCACAGUUUGUGUGCGGAAUCCGUUGAAGGAUGAAGAUGGCAACGACAUGAUACUCGAGAUCACACCACGGGCAGCAAAGCGUCUGACAACGAUCAUGACAAAAGACGCCAACCCGAACCUUGCCCUACGCAUCCAAGUCGAGUCAGGCGGCUGCCACGGCUUCCAAUAUCUCAUGAGCUUGGUGACGAUCCCACCGCCAGAAGACCCGAAACGAGCCGAGGUGGUACGGGAGGACGACACGAUCUUCCAGUUUGCCGAGGAUGGCACUGCACCGGUGCCGGAAGCACCAAGAAUCAUCCUGGACGAGCCAUCGUUGGAUUUGCUGAAGGGCAGCAAGGUGGACUUUACGCAAGAGUUGAUCGGGUCGCAGUUCAAAAUCGUGGAUAACCCUCUUGCAACGUCCAGCUGCGGCUGCGGCACGAGCUUCGACAUUAAGGCAUAA